AUGAGAGAAAUUAUAAGCAUACACAUAGGUCAAGCAGGGAUUCAAGUAGGCAAUUCUUGUUGGGAGCUUUAUUGCCUUGAACAUGGCAUCCAACCUGAUGGAUUGAUGCCUAGUGACACUUCAGUGGGUUAUGGACACGAUGCUUUCAAUACCUUCUUCAGUGAGACUGGUUCCGGAAAACAUGUGCCUAGAGCUAUUUUUGUUGACUUGGAACCAACUGUUAUUGAUGAAGUUAGGACUGGAACUUAUAGGCAACUUUUCCACCCUGAGCAGCUUAUUUCUGGAAAGGAAGAUGCUGCGAAUAAUUUUGCCAGAGGACACUAUACAGUUGGGAAGGAAAUUGUGGAUCUCUGCCUUGAUCGAGUGAGGAAGUUGGCUGAUAACUGCACUGGCUUACAAGGCUUUUUGGUGUUUAAUGCUGUUGGUGGUGGAACGGGUUCUGGUUUGGGGUCUUUGUUGUUAGAACGCUUGUCUGUGGAUUAUGGAAAGAAGUCAAAGCUUGGAUUCACCAUUUAUCCUUCUCCUCAGGUCUCAACGGCAGUUGUGGAGCCUUAUAACAGUGUACUCUCUACUCAUUCCCUUCUUGAGCACACAGAUGUGGCAGUGCUCUUGGACAAUGAAGCUAUUUAUGACAUUUGCCGAAGAUCCUUGGAUAUUGAAAGACCAACAUACACCAAUUUAAACCGAUUGAUAUCUCAAAUCAUAUCAUCCUUGACAACUUCAUUGAGGUUUGAUGGAGCCAUAAAUGUGGAUGUCACAGAGUUCCAGACCAACCUUGUACCAUAUCCCCGUAUCCAUUUCAUGCUUUCUUCAUACGCCCCUGUCAUAUCAGCUGAAAAAGCAUACCAUGAGCAGUUGUCAAUUCCAGAGAUCACAAAUGCUGUGUUUGAGCCUGCAAGCAUGAUGGCUAAGUGUGAUCCUAGGCAUGGGAAGUACAUGGCCUGCUGUUUGAUGUACCGUGGAGAUGUUGUUCCAAAGGAUGUCAAUGCUGCUGUGGCCACUAUCAAAACCAAAAGGACCGUUCAGUUUGUUGACUGGUGUCCUACUGGCUUCAAAUGUGGUAUCAACUAUCAGCCCCCAACUGUAGUGCCUGGGGGUGAUCUCGCGAAGGUUCAGCGUGCCGUUUGCAUGAUCAGCAACAACACAGCUGUGGCUGAAGUGUUCUCUCGCAUUGACCACAAAUUUGAUCUCAUGUAUUCCAAGAGGGCAUUUGUUCACUGGUAUGUUGGUGAAGGCAUGGAAGAAGGAGAAUUCUCAGAAGCUCGUGAGGAUUUGGCUGCACUUGAGAAGGAUUACGAGGAAGUUGGUGCCGAAGGAGUAGAUGAUGAAGAUGAAGGCGAUGAUUAUGAAUAA